AUGGACCUAGGCUCGCUACUAGUGCGCGGCGGAAAAGACGUGCCGCGCUCUCCCCGCCCCCCUCCCGGCAGCCCCUCCAGUUUCCGCCGCGCUCACCACUUCCGAUCCGCGUCGGUCGGCGGAUUCAUUACUCCUCACGCAGCGGACGGCGGAGUGGACAACGCAGAUUACACGCUCCCGCCGCUUUCGCCGCAGCCCCCGCGGCGCAUUCCGGCGGCGGCGGCGCUGUUCUCAGCGUCCGCGGACGGCGGAAGACACUUACAACUCCCGCGCGACGCAACUCCCGGAAUUGCGCCCGCCGCCGCGAGUGUCUCCCCGCCCCGCGGCCCCCCCGCCUCCCCUCUUUCCGCCGUUGCGGGACGGUUCGCGGGCAACGGGGGCCGCGGCAGUGCUGCGGCGGAGAGUCAACCCCGCGCGCAGGAAGGCGGAGAGGAGAGCGAGGGAGAGGGCGAGUCGAGCGCGUGGGAGUGGGAAUCGGAAUCCGAGUCGGAGUUGGAGUGGGAGGAGUUCGUGGUGGUGGCGCGUGCGCUGGGCGGACACGAUGCGCGAGGGAUCACGGUCAAUACGAGCAACGCACAGCAGCAGCAAGCUCCUGGCAGCCCAAUCAGCAAGCAGCAGCAACUGCUUGGUACCGCUCCCGGUCGCCCCCGGCAGAGGAAAAUCGCCUCUUCUUCCUCCGCCGAAUUUCCUGCUGCCGUGUUGCUCCGCUCCUCCCGCCGCGCCUCUGUAUCCCCUCCGCCCGUCUCCCCCAUGCGCUCCUCCCCGCGGCACGCGAGCGCUGUCUUCCCCCGAAGCUGGUCCGCUGGCGCGCCUGACGCGGCGGACGCGCCUGACGCGCCCCCCGCGCGGCUGCCACGCUCCACUCUUUCCGCGCACGUAUCGCCGCCCCCACAUCAGCGGCAGCAGCAGCAGCAGCGGCGCUCGGGGCAGCGGCCGGAGAUGCACACAACAGCAUCAGCGGUAACAACAGCAGACGCAGAAGCAGCAGCGUGCGCCCCUCACCAACGUGCUCCGCCCCUGGAUGAGACGGUCACAUGGGGACCCGCAGGCGCCGGUGGGGGAGUUAGACGCGGUGCUGGAGAAGGCUCUGCGCAGCUUCCAGUCGCAAGAACUGAGAGCCUCCGUUCGGGUGGUGCUUUCCCCGGCAGACUGCCGGAGAACAGAAUGCCUGGUGGUAGUAACCAGGGUGCUCGCAGUAACCAGUCGAAUUUUGGUAACUGGACGGAGCGAGGCAACCAGCCAAUUCGUGGUAACCAGUUUCCUGGUGGCACUGUCGCUGCUGGUGCUGCUGGUGCUGCUGGCGCAAGCAGGCAUAGAAGGAGCCACUCCGACUCGUAUGCCUUUCACACUGCCACCUUCACCAAGACGCCUCUUCCCAACAGUAUCCACGCCUUCGUCGCUGCUGCAGACUCACACUGGCUGCUCAUACGGGGUUUCCACCACCACCACCACCCCUUCACGCUGCUGCUUCUGGUGUUACCGGUGUGA